ACGAUUUUCAUGUAGUUUACACAACACCGAACCUAGGAAACUUACUAACCGUCUGCUUUCACUUGGCUGUGGCUUGGAAUUAAACGUUUAGGAUAUGUCCUGAGAAAUUCAAGCCACAGCCAAGUGCUUCGGAUAUGAGUUGAGGUUGAAUGCGUAGUACCUGUAGUUAUGUAAACUGCCUUGUCGAAUAUCUUGGUAGUGCUCUCAGUUAUUGACAUCAUGGUUUUGGUCGGAAUAUCUGAUCUGGAUGAAGAAACAGCUGGGAAAUAUCCGGGAAUUUACCAGUAUGGACAAUGUCAGUCCAGGGCAUUCAUCAAAGGAAUCUUUGCUUUCUUUGCAGGUGGUGUAGCUGGACUGACGGCAAGUCAUGUCAUCAAGCGCCGAUAUCCCACUAUCCCAGCUGUGUACAAUGUGGUCUUUGUUGCAGGAGGUGCGAUCAUUACAUCAUACGCUGUUGCAUCGAUUGCCAGUAAGCAGUGCCAGAGAAUGUGGGUUCACACAGCCCAGCACAAUGUUCCAGCAGAUGCUAAACCAGGAAGUGUUUACGUACAAACCACUGUUCCAACUCCAGAACCAGAAUCAGUACAGUGUAAUGGAGAAGACAUCGGAUCUUUUUUAAAGCUGUAUUCGUGGUGGAAAACCAGGAAAUAGCAACGUCUUUGUCAGCUGCAUUUUGGCUAAUGACAUCUUUGACAUCUUGUCCAAAAGGGUUCGCAGCUAGGUGCCGAUUUAUGGACCGUUGAAAACAGCAGCAAAAUAUCACAUGAAAGAGUAUGCCAGUGACAGACUUAGCAGAAAACGAAUAUUGGCGCUAGUGGUAUACUUUGCUCGCUUUCCUCCUGUCGUCCUGGAUGGAAUCCCACUCAGACUUACAAGCAGAUAUUUGGGUUUCUACAUGUACAUGUCGUCCCUGUUUGAAUCUGCUGUCUUUGUGACAUCAUCACGUCGUGUUCCCAUUACGACCUUUGAAACCUAGCAUUUCUCUCUGGACUUCCAAUGUUUUGGCAGACUUCAGAGCAACACUUCGUCUGCAUUUCCAAGAUUUAACUCUCAAUUAAAUUACUAGAAGGAAUCAUGACAACUAUAAGUAAAAUAUUCUAUGAAAUCUGGACGAUAGUGAAUUAAAAACAACAUAACAAAACUGUGAUUGUUCAGCUUUUUAAAUGAGAAAGUUUAUUCCUAAUGGAGAAUUGUUGCAUUGAAGCAUGAAAAAGGUAUUGUAAAAACAGAACAAACUUCAGUGUCCAGUAUAUUCACACAGUGUUGUUAUCGUAAUUGAUCUGAUUAUUUUGAUGGAAAUGACGUUGGCAGGGUUAACAUAUUUCGCAUGAAGCACCACGAAUCCGCAUUAGUACAUGCACCAAUGCGUGAGCGGAUAUCCGUGUACAUGGGUGGGUGUACAUAUGUUCUUUUGACAAAUUAUGGAAGAAAAUUCUGCGCUGAACCUAAAAAGUACACCACUUCCUCCUCGGUGAGCUCCGUUGGUCUUCCAAAACACAUUUUUUGGUCAAAGUUUUGCGCAAGUACACAUGAAUUUACCCCACCAAUAUUACCUUGACUCUGAUAAAAUACCAAGACGAUAUCUGCAGGCUGCAAGAUACGUGUAAGUACAUGUACAUUAUAUGUGGUACAGUACAGACACUGUCCUAGUUCAUCUGAUUUAAAUCCGCCUGUGAAUGAAUCACAAUUCUGCGUAAAUUUCCUUUCAAAAAAUUCUGAAGGCAAGGAAAAAUUACGAGGCCAAAUAUAAGUACUGAUUGAAAACGAUAGGCUGGGGGAAGUUGAAGGGUUGACAAGGAAAAACUGCGAUUAAACGCGAACAGUUACAAGUGUUGACUUUCUUUUUGUGUUUCCUGUCUACGUAUAUUUACAUGUAUAGGCCACUAGGCCUAUGUGCGUGGUGACCAACUUUCAACGUGCUUUUUUUCAAGACGCACCCUGUGUAACGUUCUGCCACGAUUUUGCAGUGCUGAGAAGUGAUGGCUUCGUAACACCAUUUAGCCAAAUCCCUGGACAAACGGACAAUUUUGGAACAAUAACUCUCACUGUAUUUGAAGGCCUACAUGUAUGUAUUUGCAAGCAUCUUCCACAACAUCUGGUCUUCGUAUUUUUUUUUCGUUUGUGUUGUCUUCCAUGUUUGUUGUAUCCAUGUACGUGUUACUGUACUUUCUUUAAUGUGAUGUACAUUCAUUAAAUGUGUUCAUUGUCAUCAACGUG